GCUGCGCGGACAGCCUGCCGCCCUUACUUAAGAUGGCCAAAGCUGCCUCAGCCGCCCCCUGUUCUUCAUCAUGGAGGCGAUCGGGCCCGCCUCCCGGGGCGCCGCAGUCACGUGACCCGCACAAUGGCUGACAGGUCACUUAAGGCUACCCAGCAACGCCAAGCUAAAGUCAUGAGCGCCGCCGCCGCCGCGGGCUCGGCAGGCCGUGUCGCCGUGCCCUUGCUGUUGUGCGCCCUGCUAGCGCCCAGCGGCGCCUACGUGCUCGACGACUCCGACGGGCUGGGCCGGGAGUUCGAUGGCAUCGGCGCAGUCAGCGGCGGCGGGGCAACCUCUCGGCUUCUAGUAAAUUACCCAGAGCCUUUUCGUUCUGAAAUACUGGAUUAUCUCUUUAAGCCAAACUUUGGUGCCUCUUUGCAUAGUUUAAAAGUGGAAAUAGGUGGUGAUGGGCAAACAACAGAUGGCACUGAACCUUCCCACAUGCACUAUGAACUAGAUGAGAAUUAUUUCCGAGGCUAUGAGUGGUGGUUAAUGAAGGAAGCCAAGAAGAGGAACCCUAACAUUAUCCUCAUGGGUUUGCCGUGGUCAUUCCCUGGAUGGCUGGGCAAAGGUUUCAGUUGGCCGUACGUAAAUCUUCAGCUGACUGCCUACUAUAUUGUAAGAUGGAUUUUGGGUGCCAAGCGUUAUCAUGACCUGGACAUUGAUUAUAUUGGGAUUUGGAAUGAAAGACCAUUUGAUGCCAGCUAUAUAAAGGAAUUAAGAAAAAUGCUGGAUUAUCAAGGUCUCCAGCAAGUGAAAAUCAUAGCAAGUGAUAAUCUCUGGGAGCCGAUUUCUUCUUCCAUGCUGCUUGACCAUGACCUCUGGAAGGCGGUUGAUGUCAUAGGAGCACAUUAUCCUGGAACCCAUACAGUGUGGAAUGCAAAGAUGACAGGCAAGAAGCUGUGGUCAUCUGAAGAUUUCAGCACCGUCAACGAUGAUGAUGGUGCAGGCUGCUGGGGUCGCAUAUUGAAUCAGAAUUAUAUCAAUGGCAAUAUGACCUCCACAAUUGCUUGGAAUUUGGUGGCUAGUUACUAUGAAGAAUUGCCUUAUGGGCGAAGUGGAUUGAUGACAGCCCAGGAGCCAUGGAGUGGGCACUAUGUAGUAGACUCUCCUAUCUGGAUAUCAGCUCAUACAACUCAGUUCACUCAACCGGGCUGGUAUUACCUGAAGACCGUUGGGCAUCUAGAGAAAGGAGGAAGCUACGUAGCUCUGACGGACGGCUUAGGGAACCUCACCAUCAUCAUUGAAACCAUGAGUCAUAAACAUUCAAUGUGUAUACGGCCAUAUCUACCAUAUUAUAAUGUCUCACACCAGGUGGCUACUUUCACUCUAAAGGGAUCUUUGAGAGAAAUACAGGAGCUGCAGGUGUGGUACACCAAGCUUGGAGGACCAUCGGACAGACUUCACUUUAAGCAACUGGAUUCUCUAUGGCUCCUCGACAGCAGUGGCAGCUUUGCCAUGGAACUGCAGGAGAAUGAGCUGGUCACGCUCACCACUCUCAGCACAGGUCGUAAAGGUGGCUACCCUCCUCCUCCCAAGUCCCAGCCCUUCCCGAGAAGCUACAAGGAUGAUUUCAAUGUUGAUUACCCAUUUUUCAGUGAAGCUCCAAAUUUUGCUGACCAGACUGGAGUAUUUGAGUACUACACAAAUCUCGAAGACCCUGGGCAGCAUCGCUACACACUGCGCCAAGUUCUCAAUCAACGACCUAUUACCUGGGCUGCAGAUGCUUCCAGCACGAUCAGCGUUAUAGGCGAUUACCACUGGUCCAACAUGACGGUGCAGUGUGAUGUUUACAUAGAGACCCCUCAGAGAGGAGGUGUAUUCAUCGCCGGAAGAGUGACUAAAGGUGGCAUCUUGAUUAGAACUGCUACAGGGAUUUUCUUCUGGGUUUUCGCAAAUGGAUCUUACAGAGUUACAGCUGACCUGGGUGGGUGGAUCACAUAUGCUUCAGGACAUGCUGACAUUACAGCCAAAAGAUGGUACACACUCACAUUAAGCAUUAAGGGUUAUUUCGCCUCGGGCAUGUUGAAUGGCAAGGUCCUGUGGGAAAAUGUUCCUGUGAAGUACUCAAGGAAUGGCUGGGCUGCCAUAGGAACGCACACCUUCGAGUUUGCGCAGUUCGACAACUUUCACGUGGAAGCGGCUCGCUAGUACUCACGGGGCAUCGAGACACUAUUUGGAUUUUCUAUUUUUGACUUUGACUAAGGGCCAGUUUUGAUGACCCUGUAUGUGAGCCUUUGAGGCUAACAAUUAUGAAGAACAGAUAGGGAAAAUAGUACUUUUUUUGCCAGAUCCUGUGAAAGAUUUAAUUAGAACUAAUUCCGGAAGGUGUCUUUGGCAUUGCCUGUGCCCUUAAGAUCCAUCGUUUGUUAGUCCCAUCCUUCAGGAGUGGUUUGGGUGGUUCCUGCCUUGCAGUCUUGGCACUAAUACCAAGGUAGCUCUCUCUGUAUUGUUUGUAAAUGAUCAUGCAGAUGGCUGGGACCUGAGAACCACAGAGGUGCAUUUGUGAGCACUGAUUGUGUGUCUAAGUGAGUUGAGGCUUCCUUAGAAGAUGCUGAUGCUUAAGAGGAAGCUGAUGAACAAUUCUACAGAUACUCCAACAGGCUGCCCCCCCCCCCACACACACACACACACACACACACACACACACA